GAAAAAGUACUAGUAGAAUAAUAAUAAGAAAAUGCGAAUCUCCAAAUUUGAUCGUUAUCACUUAUCGCCAUUUCUAUGUUAUUAACUUGCAUUGCAUCAAAAUAACCAACCCAUCUCCCUCUUUCUCGGCUCUUCACUAACCAAACUCAGACAUCUCCAACUGUUAUUAUCUCUCUUUCGGGCAUUUAUUUCCCAAACUUCCAUUAUCUCUUUCUUCAUCACAACAAUCAUCGAUCGAAUUGGGGAGAAAGUCUUUUUCGAGAACUGUGCCUUCAUUUUCCUCACCGCUGAAAAAUCGAAAUCAGACCCCAUUAAGUGUUGGAGUAAGUGGAGUUUUCAUUCUUUGCUUCAGCUUUGGAGCAAGGUGAUUUUCUUCGUGCUCCUCCUCCCUCGCCUUUUCUUUUGUUUGGAUUUUGUUGCUUUGGGUAAUUUAUUCAUCAUUCUUUCAUAUUUAUAUUCAUCACUUGUUGAUGUUUGAAGUCUUGUUCACUGUGCAUAUGUGUACACGUUAGUUUAAAGUUCUAGUGAUGGUAUGCCACCUUUUUGAUUUUAGGUCUCUUAGAACAUGGCAUCCUGUGAAAUGAUUGAAGCUUAAACCUGUAAACCUGAGUUAUUGUGACUGUAAGGUCAAUGUCGAGUAUGAUCAAUAUUUGUGGGUUUAUUUAUUUUACUUGCAACUCUCAUGAGGAAGGUUUUGACUCAGAACUCAGGUAGCUACUUUCUCAGCAGUCAGCACUGCUUCUCCUCGUACUGGCACUUAGUUAUUUAUACCAAAAAAAGCAUGAGAAAUAUAGAAACAGAGACAAGUGCACAAGAAAAUAACCGACAUUAAAAAAACACACUGUAAAUUGACACAUGCUUUCAGGUGUGCUUUCAAUCUUUUAAGCAUUCCGUGAAUUAUGUCAAAGCUAACUUCAUUUUACUUUCGGAACCAUGUUGUAGCAAAAACUUAUAUACAAGUGUCUUGUGAUAAAGCUUUUAAAAGCUAGCGACAACAGUAGAAACUUCAUAAAACAAAUACUAAAGCACUUCCAAUGAUACAAAAAACAAAAUUAUUAUAAAAAAUAAGACCUUUCAACAGGAUUUCAUAUUUUCAUGAUUAUGGAAUACCUCCUCUGGGAAAACCAUCAACAUAAGGUCAAAAAGAAAAUUUUAUGAGUUUGAAAAUGGUGUUAGUUUUUGUAUCUAUCCAUGUUUUCUACUUUGGUUGACUGUUCUUGUUCACUGUUUGCUCAGUUUACUUUGGUAUGUCUUGGGCUGAGCUGGGUGGUGGUUCGCGAUUAUCAGAGAAAUGGGUUAUUGGAGGGGCGUUGCUGGGGUUGACCGUGGUGUUAGGUAUCUCGCUAGCUGCUUUGCCUCAGGGAGGAGGAAUCUUCUGGAUGAGAAAGAAUAAGAAGAAGAGGCCGAUAAGAGUAUACAUGGAUGGUUGCUUCGACAUGAUGCAUUAUGGACAUUGCAACGCCCUCCGCCAGGCUCGUGCCCUCGGUGACCAAUUGGUUGUUGGGGUUGUCAGUGAUGCCGAAAUAACAGCUAAUAAAGGCCCUCCUGUCACUCCCCUCAACGAGAGGAUGAUUAUGGUCAGUGCUGUGAAGUGGGUGGAUGAAGUGAUACCGGAUGCUCCUUAUGCUAUAACUGAGGAUUUCAUGAAGAAACUCUUUGAUGAGUAUGAUAUAGAUUACAUUAUACACGGGGACGAUCCCUGUAUUCUUCCUGAUGGUACCGACGCUUAUGCCCUAGCUAAGAAGGCUGGACGCUACAAGCAAAUUAAACGCACUGAAGGAGUCUCCAGCACUGACAUUGUUGGUCGCAUGCUUCUCUGUGUGAGAGAGAGGUCCACUGGCGAUAGCCAUAACCAUUCAUCUUUGCAGCGCCAAUUUAGUAGUGGUCACAGUCACAAGUCCGAAGAUGGUGGUUCGAAGAGUGGAACACGUGUAUCUCACUUUUUGCCUACCUCUCGAAGAAUUGUCCAGUUUUCCAAUGGAAAGGGCCCUGGACCGGAUGCUCGCAUAGUCUAUAUUGAUGGAGCGUUUGAUCUAUUUCAUGCUGGACAUGUAGAGAUAUUGAGGCUUGCCCGUGGGCUUGGGGACUUUUUACUUGUUGGCAUUCACACUGAUCAAACUGUCAGUGCCAAUAGAGGGGCUCACCGUCCAAUUAUGAAUCUACAUGAAAGGAGCCUGAGUGUGUUGGCAUGCCGUUAUGUAGAUGAGGUGAUUAUUGGGGCUCCCUGGGAGGUGUCAAAAGAUAUGAUUACAACUUUUAAUAUUUCUUUAGUUGUGCACGGAACAGUAGCUGAGGAUAAUGAUUUUCAGAAGGAGAAUCCAUAUGCUGUCCCAAUAAGCAUGGGCAUCUUCAAAUUGCUGGAGAGUCCUUUGGAUAUUACUACGAGCACAAUAAUCAGGAGAAUUGUAUCAAACCAUGAAGCCUACCAGAAACGAAAUGAGAAGAAAAACGAAAGUGAGCGACGGUAUUACGAGGACAAGACCUAUGUCUCUGGCGAUUGAUCAAUGCCAGAAAUGAAUAAAAAAAGCACUGAAGUUUCUGAAAGUGGUCAUGCCUCUGCCUCUGCAGCUCUUUGUUAAACUGCCUGCUCUUAUGGUUGCACAGAGCACCUAGUAGAAUCCCCUGAUCUGCGGUCUUUUACCAAAUAGAUGAUGAGUUGUAGCUAGUUCUAGAUAACAUCAUUACACGACUCCCCCUUCUAGAUUCCCCCAGCUUUUUCCGGUGGAUCAGAUACUUUGUUAUAUCAGAAAGCAUGGUUUGUGUGUAAAGUUUAGUCAUAUUGUUACUAUACUUAGUUUCAUAUGGUUAUGUUGUUUUUCAUUUAAUUGAUUGAAAAAUUUAGACUUCUAAUAUGGAUGGCAAUUUUGAUAGCUCACUUCAGGGAUCCAGACUACUGUGGUGUGAAAUUUUUCUGCAUCCUACAAAGUCUCUCCUCAUUUUAUGUGGAAAAAAAUUUAUGUUCUCAUUGGCA